AUGUUUGCAUGGGACUAUGCACACAUUGAGGGUGAAAAAGUUGAGAUAGAGAGAAAAAAGGUUGAUGCAAAGAUUAAGAAGGCUGAGAGUGCUGGGGAGAGAUUGAAGAUGAAUGAUCUGCAAAUACUCUCAAAAGAUACAUCAAAUAUGGAUACAAGACAACUACAAGUUCAUGAUAUGUUGUGCGACAUGAUUAGAGAAAAAUAUGGACUUAAUUAG